UUUCCUCAUUCUUAUCUUUAAAGUGCAAACCCACCUCUCCACUAAUGUUGAUUUUCAUUAGUAUGUGAAAUGCAUGAAAAUGUCAUUUCUAGUUGAUCAAGAUUUGACUUUUAAGAGAUUAGAAUAAGUAAUUUUUCUUGAAUUUGUUAAUUUUGGUGUUGAUCAUUGGCUUUUGAUCAAAUCAAAGAGGUAUUAAUCCUCUACCAGUUCCACAACUUUCAUCAUCACAUUAAUAUUAACAAGAAAAACAACAAUAAUAAUGGCAUUAAAAACACAAUAUGUCAAACUCAAAACUUCCAACUUAGAAAGGGAGAAUAAUAUUGAAUUAGUUGACUCUUUUUAACAGCUAUGGUUGCCUAUGGGCAUAUAGCUUUCAGAAGAAAAGAUAUUUUGCAAGAAGAGCACAAACAAUGUUUCUUCAAAAAUUUCAACGAAAUGGAUUCUAAUUAAGGUCAUCUUGACUUGCACUGGUAACUAGUUGUGCCUGCAACUUCCACAUUUCCACUUGAUUAGGCCUAAUUAGGCCAGCAAAUGCAAAUUCAGCCCAAAGAAUGGGCUUGGGAUCUGAGAAUGAAGCCCAGAACUACAGAACCCCAAAUUCAAUAAUGGAAGUACUGGUACUGCUAUGAAACCAUGAUUUCAACUAGUAAUUCUGAAGCAGAAAUUGCUUUCUACUUCUACAUGUCAUCUUAAGAAUAAGCAAUGUGUAAACUCAUCUAGAUUAACCAAAAUGGUUUUACAGAAGAACAAAAUUCACUUGUAGGAUCUGUGACAACAGGAUUCUACUCUACUCAAUCCUCUAAAAUUUGUGUUUCAUCAACCAGCUGUUGUGUUAGAUUCUCCAGGUUGUGAAUCUAAGUGGUCAAUGAACUAAUCCUACUGAUUUUCCCUUUCAAUUAAUUUUCAUUCCCUUGUUCCUACAAAGAAAUAUAAAUCACCUUGUUAGAU